UUUACAUAAUCAGACAGAGCAGAGGUAAACAGUAAACAUGGCGAUCUCGACUGCGAUUCACAAACUCAGGGAUUCGUUUAAUUCAGAAGAAUCCGCGAAUGAAUCUAUUCGCUGUAUUAGUCAAUCAAUUGCAUCGAAAGAAUUAACAAUUCUCAAGCUAGUUGAAGAUUUGCAACCAGAUUUACUUAAUCAACAAAAUACUCACCGAUGCAAAGCAGUGUCAACUAUUGGCACAAUCUUGGAACAGCUGGGACCUGAAUUGAAGGGACUAAAUGAUAAGGAAGUAGAACUUGUAACAGAGUUCUUUUGUAGCAAGCUAAAAGAUCAUCAUUCAAUACUUCCUGCCGCACUGCAAGGCCUCCAUGCAUUGAGCACAGCACCUAAGCUUUCCCCUGGAUUGGCCAGAUUGAUAUCCCAGAGCAUUUUCCAAGAUGUUCAUUGUCAGUCACAAUUGCAGAAUGACAGAAGAGCAAUUUACAAAACACUGAAAAACCUCCUGGCUUUUCAUCUAAAAGAAUUACAAGACCUAGGCCAAGAUUUUGUUUUUGGUCUCAUCCAGUUAGCUGAUCAAGAAAGAGACCCACGUAACUUGUUGAUUCUCUUCAGUAUUUUCCCUGUAGUUGCUCGUUACUUCAGAUUCGAGCCGUUUACAGAAGAGUUUUUUGAAGUUUUUAGUUGCUACUUCCCUAUCGAUUUCACCCCUCCAGCUAAUGAUCCUUAUGCAGUAACUAAAGAACAGCUCUGUGAUGGAUUACGACAGUGCCUUGCCGGUAGCCCUCAUUUCGCAGAGUAUUUUUUGCCGUUACUGCAAGAGAAAUUGGAAUCUGACUUGGUUUCAGCUAAAGUAGAAGCCUUAAAAACCUUGGAACUCUGCUGUCAGACGUAUCAACCAGGCCAACUUGAAAAAUGGGUGGACUCUUUCUGGACGAGUAUCCGCAGAGAAGUCUUGAUCAAUGUCAAUACCGACGAUCUUGAACAUGCCUCACUUGAUGCUCUUGCUGCUUUAUCCCGAGCUUUUACAACGGACGGAGAAUUUAAUAGUCCAGCUUUUACCAAAUUACUAAAAAAUGUGCUGACCGAAUGUCAGGGGCACUUGUGUGAACCGGAACGGCGAUUAAUGACUCCGAGCAGCUACAUUUUGCUAGCGAUAUGCUCGGGAAGUGCGCCCGCGUGUGCAUUAAUUGUUAGCCAGGUCAUUCCCCUUUUGAUGGACCAGUACAGGAUCAGGCCACAGUCAAAUCCACGUCAGUUCAUCCUUAAUAGUUUGAACAAAAUGGUGCAUGCUGGUCUCUAUGGAUUCACUGAAGAAAACGUUGCUCAAAGUGGUGUAGCUUCUCUGAUACCAAAAUUGUUAGAGUUGUACCUUGAGGUCUUAAAAGAGGAUGACGCAGUUCUUCGCAAUCUAAGUCUGCAAGGAUUGAGUCAUUUAAUUGGCACCUGUUUGAAUCACCAAGACUUGGAAAAGGUCAAUGGAACACUUUUAGAUUUACUCCAGAAAUCAACAGCCACCGAUAGCGUUAUUGCAGAGAUUGGUCAUUUCUUUUGCAAAAGCGCAGAGAAGAAUGAAAACUUGUUCCAUGAGCAAGUCUUGGUUAAGCUGUUAGAUAUAGCGGUCUCAGGCAAAGCCAAUGCGGUUUUUCUUGUGCUGUCAACUCUACCGACGUUGCCCCAGAUUCGUGCGCAGGUGGUAUCCCGUCUAAUGGUUGUGCUCGAACAACCCGAACUGGAAUUACGACUGGAAGUACUCAAAGUUUUGACUCAUUUCGCACAAAGGGACGAACUAGAAAUAUUCCAGCAAUUGCACCGCUGGGGAUUGAAAACAUUGGAAGAUGGAGAUCCUCCGGCGUCACUCCAAGCCACUUGUGUCUUAUUGAGAAAUCUGGCUUCCAGUUUGUCUUCCGCGAAAGCCACGGAAUUCAUCAACGAGCAAACCGAACAAUACGUUGGUCAACAUCUUGCCCGCUCUCCGUGGACGUUGUCCAUAAUGGAAGCCACAUUGGGAUCAUUGGAUGCCACACCUAGCGGACACAGUCUUGAACGACUAGUUAACACACUUGAACCCCUUACUGUUUGCCAUCCAAAAGCCGAUGUCAGACUGUCUGCCUGUCGGCUUAUGGCCGCUCUGGUCAACAAACUUCCUGAAGGUCAAGAACUGGAAGCUAUACUUGAUUCGUUGCGGCGCAAAUGGCAGGAUCCAUCUACAGACCGAUGCAAUUCUGUGUGCCUGUUUGUUUGGAUAACUAAAGCUCUGCUGAUGAGAUCUUAUUCCAAGCUUAAUCAGUAUAUUCAAGAAUUAGUUGAUUCGCUGAACGAUCCCACGCACGGGUACCUAGUGGCAGAAGGAUUUAAAACGAUUUUGUGUGAAACCGAGGAAUGCCUGAAUUUCAAUUGUCAUGCCAACAUCAGGCUAAUGUACCGACAGAGGUUUUUUCAAGAAGUUGUACCUCGCCUGUUGAAACUGUAUCGAGAGUCCGAGUCGUGCAACAAAGCUGCUUGCUUCGCCGCCAUCGCCAAUCAACUAGCCUUCAUUCCGGAGGGUGUUUUAAUUGCCCACAUAACCACACUUAUCCCACUGCUGAUCCAGUGUCUGAGCACAGACCAACCCGCUCAGCUAAUUAUUUCUACCAUCAACGCGUUCAUGGGUCUCAUGUCCGACAAUGUCAGCGCUAUCGAAGAAUACAUCAGCAGCCUCGUGCCCAGAUUACUCACCCUUGCCAAAGACGGCAUUAACAUGGACGUCCGUCGACUUGCCCUUCAAUGUCUCUCCGAGCUCAGGAAGGCCCAAUCGAUUGUUUUACUCCCACUUCGGUCGGAGGUCAUCCUCCGUCUCGUCCCUUGCCUGUCCGACAAAAAGCGAUUGGUCCGGCGUGAGGCAGCAUUGGCAAGACAAAAGUGGAUUAUGUUGGGCCAGCCCGGCUGUAACUAACAUCUCAUUAGUGUGCCAUAAUUCAUCCAAGAGCUUCAAUUACACUGUUUUUCUAACAGAA